CAUUCCUAGAGAGUUCUAUCCUCGAAAAUCUCCUAUAGAGGUCUCAACGCUUCUAAGAAAAAUAAAUUCAAAAAACUUAGUAUCUAACCGCUAUAACAUUAUAUAGUAAAGUACCUUCUGAUGUUAAGUGUAAGAAAAUUCCUCGCUAACAAUGAUGAUAUUUGCAAUCAUGUGUAUUCAGACGAACGUCUUAAUCAGUGAUUCAGUAGUAAUUUCAAGAAGCCCAUACAUUCUACGAUGUAUAUUCGGUUAACAUCGUAAACGGUAUCGAUCCUUAUCUCUAGAUCAUUCACAAGAAGCGUCUGAUCAUUUUUUGCUGUAAUCGUGACUGAACACACGUGCACUCUGGAACGAAUGCGCAUACUUAUGUAAAUAUCUACAUAUACACGUACACACACAUGUAUUCAGAUUAGUACAAGUUUGUCUGGUUCAGCGAAUGUAUUGAACUUAUUCAAUGGGAGGAAACAUUUAAACAUUCAAAAUAAAAAGAAGCAAUUUUUCAUUUUCCUUUAUGAAAAACUAUGUUUACAAACGAGAAAGUUGUUCAGAUAUCAACGUGGGAAAUAAUUAAAUUACAUUUUCUUUCUUUUGUGUGCGGUUUAUAUUUAAUAAUAAAACGAUUUCUGAAAUGGGCUUGGAAUCCGAAAAAGUUUUUCACGAUGCAACAACGGGACAAACCUCCGCCGUGUUUAGUUGACAACAACUUAGGAACGCAUUCUUACGUUAAAAUCAAGGGUGUAAAGUUUCAUUAUGUAGAAGCUGGAAAUAAGGAUAAACCACUUAUACUACUUUUGCAUGGGUUCCCUGACUGUUGGUUGUCUUGGAGGGAACAAAUACCAUGCCUUGCUGAACAUUACAGGGUAAUAGCAAUAGAUCUAAAAGGAUUUGGUGACAGUGAUAAACCAUCAACCAAACGUUCCUAUAAACUUGAAAUAUUAAUAGAAGAACUGAAACAAUUUAUUUUAACACUUGGAGUGAAACAGUGCAGUAUAAUUGGCCACGAUCUUGGUGGACUGUUAGGAUGGUACAUGGUAGCUUUAUAUGAGGAUAUGAUUUAUAAGUUUGUUGCAAUUUCCUGCCCCCAUCCCAAUUUUUACUGGAAUAGAUUACCUGGGGACUCUGUGUUCGAUUCAAAGUGGAUACACUUCAGUAGAUUACCAUUCCUUCCUGAAAUAGAUGCUCUUAAAGAAGAUUUAUCUAUUAUAAAUGAUACUUUCCAACAUCUUCUAGUAAACAAAACAAGUACUGAACAAAAUUAUGUAGAAGCAUAUAAGUAUGCAUUUAGUAGAAAAGAGGACUGGACAGGUGCGAUUAACUAUUAUAGAAAUCUUCCUUUCAUAAGACUGAAUACAGAAUCUAAUGCACAGAUUUAUACUAAGACAUUACUUAUAACUGGAAACAUGGAUCCACUUGUAACAAUAGAAAAUAUUAUACAAAGUUCUGAAUAUGUUGAAAAAUUUAACGUGAAAGUCAUUUCUGGAGCACAACAUUUUCCACACCAACAAAAACCAGACAUAGUAAAUGAAGCCAUUUUGAAGUUUUUUAUAGGUACAAUAAGUACUACAGAAAAAACACCACCCAAAAGUAUGAUGACUUCCUGGUGGGGAUCUUUAAGUAAUACUGUCAAAUAUGGCAAUCAUGUAAUUGAUACUGUUCAUAGAAAAACAAGUGGUGUAGUCCAUGGUUUCCCUAGUAAAGUAUUUUACAUGGGUCAAACUACGAAUUAAGUCAAAUUUAAGAAACAGCGAAGUUUCUAAUAUACAAGCAUUUACCGUCUUCCACAUAUACCUCCUUGGUUACUUCCAAUGAUAUAAUUAUUAUUUAUUUUUAUAUGUGUGCAUGCUUUAAACAUAAGAUAUUUUACUAGAAAGAAAUCUUAUUUUUUUAUAUGAACAAAUCAGAUAACUAUUAGUAUAUAUAUAUACUUACAGAGUACAAAUAAAUACAAAUAAAUAAAUAAGUACAUAAUGUGUUCUUUUUCAUAUUCUUGUUUCAAUAUUAAAUUUUUCAAAUCAUUGGAUACGAAGUUCAUAAGAUGUCUAGUCUAUUCUGUCUAUUGUCUAGGAUGUAAAGCGUAAAAUGAAUCAGAAUUAAAAAAUAAUUGCAGUAUAUUACUGUUUUAUAAAGUAAUAUAUAUAGUAGUGCAUAAUAUUUAGCUUUAGUAUUAAAUUAUAUAAAGAUCUGUCUUUCAAUAGAACAAAGCAAUAUACAUAAUAAAAACAGUUUUUAGUGAGGCAAGCAUAAAAUGAUUUCUUAGAAAUACUUACAUGUUUAAUAAUACUGUAAAUACCCUUAUCUAAAAAAUAUGAGGAAUAGAUGGUUACAUAAAUUAUAAAAACAGACUUCAUGUUUUGUAUAGUGUAAUAUUAGAAUAAAUCUGAUAUUCGAAAUUUGAUCUUUAAAUAAGUCUUUUAUAUUUACAAAAUUCUUUCGUUCUUCAAUCCAAAUAUCAUUUCGAUGUAUUCUCUCUAUUCUUUUUCCUAUAACACAUAAGGAUAUUUGUGACAUUCUGUCUCAAACUAUCAUCAUUUUAACUAUCUUUAUUGCUCAUACUCACUUUCCAAAAUUUUCACCAUCUUCGAUAGUUUCAGGUAAUAUGCAAUUCAUUGUUUCUGGUAAAAGUAAGCAUAACGCAGCACCGAGUAAUGGUCCAAUACCAAAUAUCACUGGUGGUAACCAAGGUUUAAUUUUUCCCUAAAAAUAAAUAACAUGAUUCAAUACAUAUUAACAUGUUUCAUAAACAGCUGGUACUAGAAGUACAUAGGCAGCUCACCAUAGUUGCAAUAUAAGGUGCAAUCAUGCUCCCAGUUCUUGCACAAACACUUCCUAAUCCAAUACCUACGUUUCUAAUUACGGUAGGAAACACCUCGCUACUGUAUAGAUAUACAGUUGGAAAACUAAUUGCCAUUCCUGCGAGACCUAAAUUAGUUAAACAUAUUGUAAGAGUCGAAUUUGAUAUCACAGUCAAUAAAAUCAGGCUUAUGCCUGACAAAAGAUUGCCACUUAUCAAAAUCCUUAAACGGGAUACACGCGAUAUCAAGACAAGGACUACUAUAGUUCCAGGCAAUUCAACAACAGCUGAAAAAAGAGAUGGAUUUUUAACAUGUAUAAUCACUUUAUAAUAUAGAUUUACCUUUAAAAUAUAUUUUCUUGGAUUAAU